CUGUCUACAAGGAGACCUGUAUAGAUCACAUGAUGGCACCAAUGAGGAUGGAGGAGGACCGGAGUCACAUGCCUGAGAAGAUACUAAACCUCACCCUGGAGAUCAUCUACCUGCUGACCGGAGAGAGAUUUCCUCUUCCGAAGUCAGGUGAUCAUAUGACCAUCACAGUGCCUCCAUGUGAGUCCCUAAACCCUGAGAGACACAACAUGCAGAAGAUUCUAGAAGUCACCAAGAAGAUGAUGGAGCUGCUGACAGGAGAGGUUCCUAUAAGGUGUCAGGGUGUCACUGUCUAUUUCUCCAUGGAGGAGUGGGAGUAUUUAGAAGGACACAAGGAUCUCUACAAGGACGUCAUGAUGGACAAUCAGCCGCCCCUCACAUCACCGGAUGGAUCCAGUCAUGGGAACCCACCAGAGAGAUGUCCCCGUCCUCUGUAUUCCCGGGAUUCCACACAGGAAGGUCACACCAUAUUCCCUCACCAUCAUCAGAGUGGAAACCUGAGAGAUUCCUAAAGUUGAUAUUAAAGAAAGUGAUAAAAGAGGAGGGAUGAUGAGGAUGGGGUGAUGGAGUCAGAGAUUUCUAAAAGGACACAAAGAUCUGUACCAGGACACCAUGGAACCCACCAGAGAGAUGUCCCCGUCCUCUGUAUUCCCCGGAUUCCACACAGGAAGAUCACACCAUCCCUCACCAUUACAAGGUUAGUGAGACAUAACAUCUAGAUCGGGUCUUUAAAUUU